AUGUACCGUCAUCUUUUCGUUUUGGCUAUUUUUGGCGCCGCUGUAUCACUGCCAACAUCAAAAUCUAAGGAUGAUGUUAGAAUUGUCGGUGGAGUAGAUAUCGAUAUAACGGUCGCUCCUUAUCAAGUUUCUCUGGUGAGAAGGGGUCGGCAUUCAUGCGGUGGUUCUAUUAUUGCGAAUGAUCUCAUACUUACAGCAGCACAUUGUGUUUCCGGGACUUCAGCACGUGAUUAUUCAGUGCGUGUUGGCUCCUCGUCAAGUAGAUAUGGUGGCGAGUUAAUUCCUGCGGGUGACUUAAUGUGGCAUCCCAACUUUACGUAUUCUAAGAUGGACAGUGACGUUGCUUUGAUUUGGCUAUCUAAACCCUUAACAUUCAGCGAGAAGGUAGCCCCUAUAGACAUGCUCGAAAUGAACGAGGAGAUCCAAGACGGUGAUAUAACUAUGGUAUCCGGCUGGGGAAAUAUAAGGGAGGGAGGUGGAUAUCCAUCGACCCUGCAAAUGGUUCUGGUUCCUAAAGUGAGCACUGCCAUGUGUGAUGAAGUGUAUGCAGCCUCUUACACCGUAACCCAGACAAUGCUGUGCGCUGGAGUUCCAGAAGGCGGCAAGGACGCUUGUCAGGGUGACAGCGGUGGUCCUUUGGUCCACAAUGGCAGAUUAGCCGGGGUCGUUUCAUGGGGCUUAGGGUGCGCAAGGCCUAACUAUCCGGGGGUUUACGCCAAAGUGUCAGCCCUGAGAAAUUGGAUCGAUGGCAGCAGUGAAAUCUUAAGACAGAAACAUCUAUUUAGGCCCGCAUUG